UCUAUGACGUAUUCUAGUCGCGGGCAAACGGAGGCUUGAGAGGAAACAGAGCGUGAGAAGAGAAAGCCAAAGGAGAAUUCACGCGUGAAUUGUUCAAAACGGGGGGCCGGCGGAGGGGAAAGCUGCUUGGGAGCGCUUCAGCGUGUGGAAACGUUUUUAAAAGAGUAGGGUACUUUAUGGACGGUACCCAAAGCCCGUCAGGAUCACCCGGGGAAGCUUCCUCUUUCGCCGUCAACUCGGCUUCUGUACUUCCGUUGGUCGCCAUGGAGACGGCCGGCGUGCUGUACCCCGGUUGCUAGGAGACGCGGGAGAGUCGAGGAUUGGGUGGCUGGGAGCGGCAGUGCCCUCACUGGCUCAAAAGAUGGCUUUCAUGGAUUCACAUAUCUUCCCCAAGAGCGUCAUCAGGACCAUAAGACAAACUGAUUAUAGCCAAUGGCAAAGAGAAGACGUGGGUAGGAAGCACACAUUAAAAUUAUCCUUGCCUCCUGUCUUGGCAUCGAAGGAUUGGAAGAAGGAAGGGAAAAAUGGUUCCCCACGAAAGCCAAAAGACAAGAGAAUAGAAUGGGGAAAGACUCCAGGUCUGGUUGUGAAAAUGACGCCCUCUGUGAGACAGAGGGCUGCGUGGCAACAAAAUUUGAUACGGGAAAUGAAGGUGGCAAAGAGGCUGGAGAGCAUCAAAAUAAUUCAGCGGCUUUCCAAGAGCAAGACGAUCAGCUUAGAAGAAUUAAAGCACCACUCCAAUGUUCUCUUGGAGAAGAACCAGCAGCUGAUGAAAGAGAUCAAGGAGAUGGAUGCUGACACUGCCAGCCAGGCCAGGGGCUUUCUCCAGCAGUACGACAUGUUUGGGACAAUCAUCACAAGCCUUCGGGACUCAAGUCAGAACCAUGUUGGUGUCGCAAAAGCAGAUCUCGAGGCAACAGAGAAAAUGGUGGAGAAGAAUUUGGGAAAACUGGAUCAGGAGAUGAAGCGCAUGCAGACCAAAGUGCACGCCCUCCAGGAGGAGCUCAACACCCUGAGGACAUACAUGGACAAGGAGUACCCGGUGAAAGCCGUCCAGAUUGCAUCCCUGAUGCGCAACAUCCGGAACUUGAGGGAAGAGCAACAGGAUGAGUUGGAGGAUAUGGAGGAUCUGUCCAAAAGGUUCCUGGAAACAUUAGCAGGGAAAGCACGAGAGGAGCAGGAGCUCAUUUUACAGGACGUUGCCAAGAAGAAGCUGAUGCAGUACCAGGAUGGCCUUCAGCAGAUGAAUAGGAACAACCUGCACCUGAAAAGACAAAUAGACGCCCAAAAAGAGAUAAUUGAUGGCUUGGUGAAAGAAAUCAAGGGGUUGCACAAGAGCAUUAUACGGCUCCAUCACUCCGUGGGAGAUCCGCGGGAGGUGAUAUUUGCAGAUGUCCUCCUCCGCAGGCCCAAAUGCACCCCAGAUAUGGAGAUCAUCCUCAACAUCUCCACUGAUGAGGAUUUCCUCCUGUAGCUGCCAGAAGUGUGGUUGGAAUUAUGCACCUCGGUCACACAGCGCCAUCCCUGUAGACCGUAGUUAGCCAGUUUCCCUCCUCCUUUGCUGAGCCAUACCUGAAGCACAUGCCUUGCCUUUGUCCCAGGCUGAAGUUUUUAAAACGUCCUGCUAAGAAUGGUUGGAAAAGCUUUCCUUGGCAUCCCUCUCCCAAAAUGUUUCAGCCAUAGGUUCUAUUAAAGUCAGCCCUAUCUGUUCUAA